ACACAGAGCGAUACACGCAUAAGGAGAUACACAGAGUAACCCACUGCAGCCGCUACGGUUUCAAUGAAUUGUCUGAGGCCGACAUCUGGAACGGAUUCAUCUGCAGAAAGCGGAACGUUUCGCUGCUGUGUGGGAGCGCUCUGUGUUUGAGUGUGUGUGUGUUAAAAAAAAUAUCAGGAAUCCGAGAGCAAAGCGGGACUCUUGCGAUGGCGCAAGGAAAUAACUAUGGGCAGAAUGCCAGCACCAACGGUAUGGCUGAUGAAUCCCCGAACAUGCUGGUGUACAGAAAGAUGGAAGACAUUAUAGCACGUAUGCAAGAUGAGAAAAAUGGAAUUCCAAUCCGUACUGUCAAAAGCUUUUUAUCCAAGAUCCCCAGUGUGUUUUCUGGUGCAGAUAUUGUUCAAUGGCUAAUGAAGAACUUGAGCAUUGAAGACCAAGUCGAAGCACUGCACGUUGGAACAUUGAUGGCAGCUCAUGGCUAUUUCUUUCCAAUCUCAGACCAUGUACUGAUGUUGAAAGACGACGGAACUUUCUACAGGUUUCAGACACCAUAUUUUUGGCCAUCCAACUGUUGGGAGCCAGAAAAUACCGACUAUGCGGUUUAUCUCUGCAAGAGAACAAUGCAAAACAAAGCACGCCUGGAAUUAGCAGACUAUGAAGCUGAGAGCUUGGCCAGGCUACAAAGAGCAUUUGCUCGGAAAUGGGAGUUUAUCUUUAUGCAAGCAGAAGCACAAGCAAAAGUUGACAAGAAAAGGGACAAAAUAGAAAGAAAAAUACUUGACAGCCAAGAAAGAGCAUUCUGGGAUGUGCACAGACCUGUGCCAGGAUGUGUAAAUACUACAGAAGUGGAUAUCAAGAAAUCUUCCCGAAUGAGAAACCCUCACAAAACAAGAAAGUCUGUCUAUGGAUUACAAAAUGAUGUCCGAGGCCACAGUCCUACCCAUGCGCCAGCACCAGAAGCCAAGCAGCCAACAGCAGACGAAUUACAGCAACAGAUAAAGUUCUGGCAAAUGCAGUUGGAUAGGCAUCGGUUAAAAAUGUCAAAAGUUGCAGAAAGUUUAAUAGGAUACACAGAACAGUACAUGGAAUUUGACCCAUUUCUUGUAACCCCUGAACCUUCAAAUCCAUGGAUGUCAGAUGACAUUUCCUUCUGGGAGCUUGAAGCCAGUAAAGAGCCCUACACACAGAGGGUGAAGCGAUGGGGCUUCUGCAUUGAUGAAGUUUUGAAAGAUCCUGUAGGGAGAGAGCAGUUUCUCAAGUUUGUGGAGUCCGAGUUCAGCUCUGAAAACCUGCGGUUUUGGCUAGCGGUUCUGGAUCUGAAGAAAAGGCCUAUCCGCGAAGUGCCAUCUCGUGUUCAAGAAAUUUGGCAAGAGUUUUUGGCCUCCGGGGCCCCCAGUGCCAUUAAUGUAGACUCCAAAAGCUACGAUAAGACCACGCAAAAUGUGAAAGACCCAGGAAGAUAUGCAUUUGAAGAUGCUCAGGAGCACAUUUACAAACUGAUGAAAAGUGAUUCCUACCCUCGAUUCAUACGUUCCAGUGCCUAUCAGGAGCUGCUCCAGGCUAAAAAAAAGGUGAAGUCACUUACUGGGAAGAGGCUGACAAGUCUGGUGCAAUCUAACUGAUAUAUUCACUCACACAUCAGCUCAGAAGCGGGCCAGUUGAAUUGCUCAAAGCUAUAGUUUACUGCUUAUCCCAAUCCCAGAGGACAUUUUACCAUUCUUUGCAUGAAUGAGGACCUGACUAUUUGUGUGUGUGUGUGUGUGUAUCUAUAUGUGUACAUUGC